UGGAAGGUAGACAAUCCUUAAAAACUUUCCAUAAAAACACAAUGAGAAAAGACAAUUAUUUAGGAAACCAACAAAAAUUAGUAAAGCUUUCCAACACUUUAAACCAGGUUUUCUUCCACAAAAGCACUUGAAUUCCAUUUCCUUUCAUACAUUCCUUCCUGUGGGCUAGCUAUCACCCAGCUUAAACUAAAACCGCAACUCUCUCUCUCUCUCUUUCUUUAAAACCCUUUUGCAGCAAACUUUUCUCAUUUUAUUUUCUCAUUUUAUUUUCUCAAAUCAUAACAAAACAAUGAGAACAAGUUGCAAUGGCUGUAGAGUCCUCCGAAAAGGGUGUAGCGAUGAUUGCGUAAUUCGGCCGUGCCUUCAAUGGAUGAAAUCCCCUGAUGCACAAGCUAAUGCUACUGUUUUCCUUGCUAAGUUUUACGGCCGUGCUGGUCUUAUUAACCUCCUCAAUGCUGGCUCUGACCACCUUCGUCCUGCAAUAUUCCAGUCAUUGUUAUACGAGGCAUGUGGGAGGGUGGUAGACCCAAUACAUGGUUCAGUGGGUUUAUUAUACUCUGGUCAGUGGCACCACUGUCAGCUAGCCGUUGAUGCAGUUCUCAAGGGUCUGCCUAUCAUGCAAAUUUCUCCAUCUUCUGAUCUUAUUACUUCAUCCGAUGGUCCACCUCACCAGAUUCUUCUGCCUCCUAUCAAACUUUACGACAUCCGCCACAUGUCAUCUUCUAAAGAUUCUCCCACCCUACCUACAUUGCUCGUCCCUACUGGUCCCCGCCUCAAGCGACGCCCUCGAGUCCCGGCAUUUGAUUCUGAUCAACUUUCCACAAUAAAUGGUGGUGGUGGUGGUGGUGGUGUUGAUGAUAAUGAGGAAGGGGAGGAUAACCAGAGUAUUGAGAAGCUCAGUAUAUUUUCCGGUGAGUCCACGGAAGGGUCGGUGGCUGGUGGGAUGGGUGAUAGUGAGGUGCAGUUGGAUCUUACCUUGGGGUUCAAUAGGUACGGCAAAUGCGCUACUAAUUAAAUCAAAUUCAAUUGUUGUUUUUAUUUAAGAAUAUAAAUUUUGUCAAUUAUUCUAUAAUUUCUCAUGGAAGUAAAAACAAAAAAACAAAUAAGGCAUGCAAAGUGACUAGGAUACACAUAAUUGAAAACAAAAACUCUAGUAGUGACGUGGAUGUUCAUUCGUGUGUCACGUGGAUGUUUAGACGGCUCAAAAUGAAAAACAAGAAACAAAAGUGUAACAUUAUAUAAAACGUGUUCCGUGCGUGUAAGAUAUGAUCAAUUUAUCAUGUAUACUCCAUACUCUUUUGCUUUCUCUAUUUUU